AUGUGCCCGGACGUCAUGCUUCUGCAGGAAUACGCCUCGACGGAUGACCAUGACCUAAUAAGUCCGUCCGUGUCACGGUCGGAGAUCAUGCCGGGACACAAAAAGGACUUGACUAUAUGUCCUAUCACCUAUGACAAGGCCCUUGCGCCCAGCCUGCGCACAGUCCACAAUCCAGACGGGCGGGCUCCCUCGUAA